UGUGUUGUAAAAAAAAAAAAAACGUUAUCGUAGAGAGUCUUGAGCUUUACAAUUUUUAAAAAUUACGCUGUCUUAGGAAUUAUUCUUUUAAAUGGAUAUUUUUCGAAAAAGUGUACUUCAGUUUCUUCCGCAGCAAUGUUUUGAUGAGUUUUUCGUAGAUUUUAAUUUUUUUCAUGCUUUCUGCCUCAAGCUAGCAAUAACCAAAGGACUUGGAAUUGGAAUAAUAUUGGGGUCUGUAUUAGUUAAGGUGCCCCAAAUUGUGAAAAUUUUGAAAGCAAAGAGUGCAGAAGGAAUUAAUCUGUUUGGAGUUCUGUUAGAGUUGAUGGGAGUGGCAGCAUCAGCAGCAUACUGUUUAGCAAAUGGUUAUCCUUUUAGCUCCUGGGGAGAGACAUUCUUUCUGGUAAUAGAGACAGCGGCUAUAGCUUUUCUCAUCUUGUUUUACAACCAAAAAAAAGAAGGGGCCUACAGCUUUCUUAUUGUUUUUACGACGCUGUGCUAUAUCUUAGGAAGUGGAUUUACCCCUAUCAAUAUCCUUUCUUUUCUCCAGCUUGCUAGUGUCCCUGUAGUUAUCAGUGGAAAGUUGGUGCAGGUCGUAGAAAACUACAAGAAUGGACACACUGGUCAACUCUCUGCAAUAACCGUCUCUCUCUUGUUCCUUGGGUCAUCUGCCAGAAUCUUCACCUCUAUUCAAGAGACGGGUGAUUGGUUGAUAAUCUUCAACUAUAUCUCCGCCGCUGUUGUCAACUUCUUUUUGGUAUUCCAGAUGGUAUUAUACUGGAAUGUUGUUCCACAGAAAUUGAAAAAGAGCGACUAAGAUGUUCCCGAUUCGCUCACUACAAGAUGACACCCCCUCUUGCGGGAAAGUUUGAAAAUUAAAAAAAAUAUAUGCUUGUGAAGCCUACGAAAUAUGAUGUAGAGUGUAAAUGUCAUGUUAUGCAUUGAUUUCUAAUGAUAUAUAUAUAGAAGCAAGGGAGUUUUAAUUAUUUUAAUUUUAUUGCUUUGUUUACGAAGCUCACAGAAGAAUAUUGUGUUUUUGAGAAACAAAAUAAGAGAAACGGUAGUUUGAUUUAAAAUUUAAACCAGCGAGUGAUUAAAAGUUUUUCCAACAUUCCGUAGUGUCAUGGAGAAGAUUGUACAUUAAUAAAGUGAAAAGUAAAGCGAAUAGAAUACAUCAUUGAUUUUAAGUUUUAGCUUUGCUGUACGUCACCGUGAUAGAACAGAAGAAAGUGGGUUCAUAUUGUGUAGAAGAAAUAUGAUAUUAAAUAUAAAACUAUUGUAUACCAGAAAUUAGAAGGAUGUGAAAGGGUUUUCUCGGUACUAACAGAGAAUGAACUAUAAUUAAAACAUUUUAAUGAGGAUGCAAUAAACCAAAUUCAUUUAUUUCACUUA